AUGGCUACCCCGGAAGGCCGUGGGGAAGCCCCGCCCGCUGGGGUUGGCGUUCCGGGGCGCCAACUGUCUGUCUGUCUGUCUGUCUGUCUGUCUGGGUGGCCGCCGGCCGGGCAGGCAGCAUGGGGUUCACGCUGGAGAGCCUGAGGGAGGCCAUGAAGUACAUGGUGGAGUCGCAGGGCUUCGACCGGGUGCUCCGCAAGAUGAAACUUCUUUCUGCAACUCCUGGAAAAGUUGUUUGUGAAAUGAAAGUAGAGGAGGAGCAUACAAACAGAGGUGGCACACUACAUGGAGGCUUGACAGCCACACUUGUGGAUGUGGUGUCAACAACAGCGUUGCUGUACACAGAAAGAGCACUGCCUGGGGUCAGUGUGGACAUGAACAUCACAUAUACUUCUGCUGCUAAGAUUGGAGAAGAGAUACUGAUUACAGCUCAGAUUUUGAAGCAAGGAAGAAAUCUUGCAUUUGCCACCGUGGAUUUAACAAAUAAGGCGACAGGGAAGUUAAUUGCACAAGGUAGACAUACCAAGUAUCUAGGAAAUUAAUAUAAGAAAGUAAUUUAAAAAAUUAUAAUGUUGGGCUUAAGAAGAUUUUCUCACUUAUGUAAUAAGACAUCAUCUGCACAAAGUUAUGAUAGUCUGUAUGAAGUGAAUUAGUCUCACUCCCAUAAUAAACGAACAAAUUUCUUGAUUACCAUCAAAAUUGCUGCAAGCCUGAAACUGGCACUUAUUUUGGGAUGAGCAACAGAGUGUGACAGCACGGGGAUGCGUCUAUUAUUUUCUUUUCAUCAAUGCAGCAGAAAGAGCCCUAGGACCAGCCAUAUGGUUUAACAGCAUGACAGUGUUUUAAGAGAUCUCUGUUUUCCUUGCCUGUGGUGUCAUCAUGUGACAAAGCAACCGUGUCUUCAGGCCCAUCACCGUCACGUUCAAACACUGUGUACAGUUAAAAACUAACCCACUUGUUCUGUGAGAUGGUAGUACAGAGUUACUGUAACAGUGUGUGAAACCGGCUUCAAAGUGUAAAGCAGGCCAAUACAGAAUGUAAUUUACUGAUGCUGUAACAAAUUCAAAAUUAUGCAAUAAAGCUUUCUGAAACUACCUUUUUAAAAAUGA